AUGAGGUACCACACGGAGCGGCGCAUCUUCCAGCAGCUGCUGGAGCUCAAGAGGCUCCAGAUCCGCGCUGGCCGCGCCAACGAGCAGGCGCUCGUCAAGAGGCUCGUCGACGACUACCGCCACGCCGGCCUCGUCGUCGGCCUCGAGGGCUUCCACGGACCCUUCACCUUCCGCGCCUUCGAGAAGUACCUCUACGGUAAGGAGGCGCAGCCGCCGAGCCUCGGCGAGAGUGGUGCUGUGGAGGGCGAGAGUGGUGCUGUGGAGGGCGAGAGUGGUGCUGUGGAGGGCGAGAGUGGUGCUGUGGAGGGCGAGAGUGGUGCUGUGGAGGGCGAGAGUGGUGCUGUGGAGGGCGAGAGUGGUGCUGUGGAGGGCGAGAGUGGUGCUGUGGAGGGCGAGAGUGGUGCUGUGGAGGGCGAGAGUGGUGCUGUGGAGGGCGAGAGUGGUGCUGUGGAGGGCGAGAGUGGUGCUGUGGAGGGCGAGAGUGGUGCUGUGGAGGGCGAGAGUGGUGCUGUGGAGGGCGAGAGUGGUGCUGUGGAGGGCGAGAGUGGUGCUGUGGAGGGCGAGAGUGGUGCUGUGGAGGGCGAGAGUGGUGCUGUGGAGGGCGAGAGUGGUGCUGUGGAGGGCGAGAGUGGUGCUGUGGAGGGCGAGAGUGGUGCUGUGGAGGGCGAGAGUGGUGCUGUGGAGGGCGAGAGUGGUGCUGUGGAGGGCGAGAGUGGUGCUGUGGAGGGCGAGAGUGGUGCUGUGGAGGGCGAGAGUGGUGCUGUGGAGGGCGAGAGUGGUGCUGUGGAGGGCGAGAGUGGUGCUGUGGAGGGCGAGAGUGGUGCUGUGGAGGGCGAGAGUGGUGCUGUGGAGGGCGAGAGUGGUGCUGUGGAGGGCGAGAGUGGUGCUGUGGAGGGCGAGAGUGGUGCUGUGGAGGGCGAGAGUGGUGCUGUGGAGGGCGAGAGUGGUGCUGUGGAGGGCGAGAGUGGUGCUGUGGAGGGCGAGAGUGGUGCUGUGGAGGGCGAGAGUGGUGCUGUGGAGGGCGAGAGUGGUGCUGUGGAGGGCGAGAGUGGUGCUGUGGAGGGCGAGAGUGGUGCUGUGGAGGGCGAGAGUGGUGCUGUGGAGGGCGAGAGUGGUGCUGUGGAGGGCGAGAGUGGUGCUGUGGAGGGCGAGAGUGGUGCUGUGGAGGGCGAGAGUGGUGCUGUGGAGGGCGAGAGUGGUGCUGUGGAGGGCGAGAGUGGUGCUGUGGAGGGCGAGAGUGGUGCUGUGGAGGGCGAGAGUGGUGCUGUGGAGGGCGAGAGUGGUGCUGUGGAGGGCGAGAGUGGUGCUGUGGAGGGCGAGAGUGGUGCUGUGGAGGGCGAGAGUGGUGCUGUGGAGGGCGAGAGUGGUGCUGUGGAGGGCGAGAGUGGUGCUGUGGAGGGCGAGAGUGGUGCUGUGGAGGGCGAGAGUGGUGCUGUGGAGGGCGAGAGUGGUGCUGUGGAGGGCGAGAGUGGUGCUGUGGAGGGCGAGAGUGGUGCUGUGGAGGGCGAGAGUGGUGCUGUGGAGAGCGAGAGUGGUGCUGUGGAGAGCGAGAGUGGUGCUGUGGAGAGCGAGAGUGGUGCUGUGGAGAGCGAGAGUGGUGCUGUGGAGAGCGAGAGUGGUGCUGUGGAGAGCGAGAGUGGUGCUGUGGAGAGCGAGAGUGGUGCUGUGGAGAGCGAGAGUGGUGCUGUGGAGAGCGAGAGUGGUGCUGUGGAGAGCGAGAGUGGUGCUGUGGAGAGCGAGAGUGGUGCUGUGGAGAGCGAGAGUGGUGCUGUGGAGAGCGAGAGUGGUGCUGUGGAGAGCGAGAGUGGUGCUGUGGAGAGCGAGAGUGGUGCUGUGGAGAGCGAGAGUGGUGCUGUGGAGAGCGAGAGUGGUGCUGUGGAGAGCGAGAGUGGUGCUGUGGAGAGCGAGAGUGGUGCUGUGGAGAGCGAGAGUGGUGCUGUGGAGAGCGAGAGUGGUGCUGUGGAGAGCGAGAGUGGUGCUGUGGAGAGCGAGAGUGGUGCUGUGGAGAGCGAGAGUGGUGCUGUGGAGAGCGAGAGUGGUGCUGUGGAGAGCGAGAGUGGUGCUGUGGAGAGCGAGAGUGGUGCUGUGGAGAGCGAGAGUGGUGCUGUGGAGAGCGAGAGUGGUGCUGUGGAGAGCGAGAGUGGUGCUGUGGAGAGCGAGAGUGGUGCUGUGGAGAGCGAGAGUGGUGCUGUGGAGAGCGAGAGUGGUGCUGUGGAGAGCGAGAGUGGUGCUGUGGAGAGCGAGAGUGGUGCUGUGGAGAGCGAGAGUGGUGCUGUGGAGAGCGAGAGUGGUGCUGUGGAGAGCGAGAGUGGUGCUGUGGAGAGCGAGAGUGGUGCUGUGGAGAGCGAGAGUGGUGCUGUGGAGAGCGAGAGUGGUGCUGUGGAGAGCGAGAGUGGUGCUGUGGAGAGCGAGAGUGGUGCUGUGGAGAGCGAGAGUGGUGCUGUGGAGAGCGAGAGUGGUGCUGUGGAGAGCGAGAGUGGUGCUGUGGAGAGCGAGAGUGGUGCUGUGGAGAGCGAGAGUGGUGCUGUGGAGAGCGAGAGUGGUGCUGUGGAGAGCGAGAGUGGUGCUGUGGAGAGCGAGAGUGGUGCUGUGGAGAGCGAGAGUGGUGCUGUGGAGAGCGAGAGUGGUGCUGUGGAGAGCGAGAGUGGUGCUGUGGAGAGCGAGAGUGGUGCUGUGGAGAGCGAGAGUGGUGCUGUGGAGAGCGAGAGUGGUGCUGUGGAGAGCGAGAGUGGUGCUGUGGAGAGCGAGAGUGGUGCUGUGGAGAGCGAGAGUGGUGCUGUGGAGAGCGAGAGUGGUGCUGUGGAGAGCGAGAGUGGUGCUGUGGAGAGCGAGAGUGGUGCUGUGGAGAGCGAGAGUGGUGCUGUGGAGAGCGAGAGUGGUGCUGUGGAGAGCGAGAGUGGUGCUGUGGAGAGCGAGAGUGGUGCUGUGGAGAGCGAGAGUGGUGCUGUGGAGAGCGAGAGUGGUGCUGUGGAGAGCGAGAGUGGUGCUGUGGAGAGCGAGAGUGGUGCUGUGGAGAGCGAGAGUGGUGCUGUGGAGAGCGAGAGUGGUGCUGUGGAGAGCGAGAGUGGUGCUGUGGAGAGCGAGAGUGGUGCUGUGGAGAGCGAGAGUGGUGCUGUGGAGAGCGAGAGUGGUGCUGUGGAGAGCGAGAGUGGUGCUGUGGAGAGCGAGAGUGGUGCUGUGGAGAGCGAGAGUGGUGCUGUGGAGAGCGAGAGUGGUGCUGUGGAGAGCGAGAGUGGUGCUGUGGAGAGCGAGAGUGGUGCUGUGGAGAGCGAGAGUGGUGCUGUGGAGAGCGAGAGUGGUGCUGUGGAGAGCGAGAGUGGUGCUGUGGAGAGCGAGAGUGGUGCUGUGGAGAGCGAGAGUGGUGCUGUGGAGAGCGAGAGUGGUGCUGUGGAGAGCGAGAGUGGUGCUGUGGAGAGCGAGAGUGGUGCUGUGGAGAGCGAGAGUGGUGCUGUGGAGAGCGAGAGUGGUGCUGUGGAGAGCGAGAGUGGUGCUGUGGAGAGCGAGAGUGGUGCUGUGGAGAGCGAGAGUGGUGCUGUGGAGAGCGAGAGUGGUGCUGUGGAGAGCGAGAGUGGUGCUGUGGAGAGCGAGAGUGGUGCUGUGGAGAGCGAGAGUGGUGCUGUGGAGAGCGAGAGUGGUGCUGUGGAGAGCGAGAGUGGUGCUGUGGAGAGCGAGAGUGGUGCUGUGGAGAGCGAGAGUGGUGCUGUGGAGAGCGAGAGUGGUGCUGUGGAGAGCGAGAGUGGUGCUGUGGAGAGCGAGAGUGGUGCUGUGGAGAGCGAGAGUGGUGCUGUGGAGAGCGAGAGUGGUGCUGUGGAGAGCGAGAGUGGUGCUGUGGAGAGCGAGAGUGGUGCUGUGGAGAGCGAGAGUGGUGCUGUGGAGAGCGAGAGUGGUGCUGUGGAGAGCGAGAGUGGUGCUGUGGAGAGCGAGAGUGGUGCUGUGGAGAGCGAGAGUGGUGCUGUGGAGAGCGAGAGUGGUGCUGUGGAGAGCGAGAGUGGUGCUGUGGAGAGCGAGAGUGGUGCUGUGGAGAGCGAGAGUGGUGCUGUGGAGAGCGAGAGUGGUGCUGUGGAGAGCGAGAGUGGUGCUGUGGAGAGCGAGAGUGGUGCUGUGGAGAGCGAGAGUGGUGCUGUGGAGAGUUGUCUUGAGCAGAGAGUUUUUGCUUUGGGAGGAGAGUGCCAUCAAGAUAACAGCCAUGGUCAGGCAGUAGCGAUAGUGAAGUGGCUGGAAGGACUGCAUUCAGCGGACGCCACCAUCAUCUUCGUGAAGUGA